AAACAUAAAACAGUUUCCAGAAAACGAAAGGCCAGCAAAACCAAAUUUUGUUUUGAAAAAACAUAAAAGGAAAACAAAAUUUGUUUUCUUUGAUUUGCACGGGAAACAACGGAACCAUAUAAAGAAGACAAGCAUAUCUAAUAUUUAAUAUUUUAUCUUCUAUGUUUUUUUCCUCAAAAAGCAUUUAUUAAUCUCCAAGAUUUUGGCAAAACAGGCUGUUCCCCUCCAAAACCAAGAAAAAAACACAGAAAACGCCUUUGAUUUUUUUCACUUCCUUCUGCAUAUUUUUUCCACAAUUUAGCUUCUACGAAGCCUUGGAAGUCUAAUAUGCACGAAGAACACAAUCAAAAUCCAAACUUGGGCAUCUGGGUAUUGACCAACUGAUUCAAGAUUCCCACCCCCCCCCCCCCCCCCCAAAAAAAAAAAAAAAAAAAAAAAAAAGGGAAAUGGAGGGAAACCCAUCACGGCCGGCCAACAACAUAGAGAUUAAGGUCCAUCCACGGCUCGCCGACAACGCGAUUCAACCGGUGGUUCAGCCUUCGACGGCGUCGUUGCGUACCACCGGCACUUCCAGAGAGUAUACUCCUUUCAAUAGGUGGUUUCCAUGGUUGGUUCCGUUGUUUGUGGUGGCCAACAUUGUGGUGUUUGUGGUCACAAUGUUCGUCAAUGAUUGUCCGAAGAACUCUGCCUCUUGCGUGGCUCGGUUUUUGGGUCGUCUCUCUUUUCAGCCGCUCAAAGAAAAUCCCCUUCUUGGGCCUUCUGCAACUACGUUGGAGAAGAUGGGUGGUCUAGAUGUGCAUAAAGUGGUCAAUAAACACCAGUCAUGGCGCCUGAUCUCUUGUAUAUGGUUACAUGCUGGAGUUUUCCAUGUACUUGCCAACAUGUUGAGUCUUGUCUUCAUUGGGAUUCGACUUGAGCAAGAAUUUGGGUUUGGACUUCUGUGCCUGGGCCUGGCUUUAUUGAAUUGUAGUCCUACAGUCAUCAGUCAACAAGUAAUCCUACUCUCAUGUAUAUGGAUUCUAACAGUUAGAAUUGGAUUGCUUUAUGUCAUAUCUGGUUUUGGCGGGAGCUUGCUUUCAGCUCUUUUUUUUCAAAGUGGCAUUUCCGUUGGUGCCUCAGGUGCACUUUUUGGUCUGUUAGGGGCGAUGCUUUCAGAGCUCAUUACAAAUUGGACCAUAUAUGAAAAUAAGGUGUUAGCACUGGCUACUUUAAUUUUCAUUGUUGUAGUAAAUUUAGCGGUUGGAAUCCUUCCACAUGUUGACAACUUUGCUCACAUUGGAGGAUUUGUCUCUGGGUUUCUUCUUGGAUUUGUGUUUUUGAUCCGACCCCAAUUUAAAUGGAUUAGCCAAAAAGGUUCUUCUCCAGGGCAUAACGCCGCUUCAGUUUCUAAGCACAAAAGCUAUCAAUAUGCAUUGUGUAUUAUCUCUCUGGUACUGUUGAUUGUUGGAUUUGUACUUGGCCUGAUUAUGCUCCUUCGAGGGGUUGAUUUGAACGAACACUGUUCCUGGUGUCAUUAUCUUAGCUGCGUUCCUACCUCAAAAUGGGAUUGCAAGUCUCAACGAGUUUUUUGCGAGAUGACCCAAUUUGGGAAUCAGCUGAACUUAACUUGCCAAAGCAAUGGGAAAAGUGGGAUUUAUCAAUUGCCAAAUGGUAACCCUUCCCAGUAUGAGAUUGAGAGGUUAUGCUCUGAUCUUUGCAAUUGAUAUAUACUUGCACACACAAAAAUGCACACAUUAGGGGAGUUCAUAGAAACAGGUUUGCUUUGCACCCAGCCACUGGGUCUCUGUGUACAUGAUUCGUCAGAUUGAUAUAGCUAGGUAGACAACAUUUUUUUUCUGUAUCCAUAAACAAAUAGUUAUCAUCAUUAUUAUUUGUUUUUUUGGGUAAAAUAUCAUCUUUAUUGGUGUUAUCAUCAUUAUGAUUCUAAUUUUUUGCAACA